CCGUCGCUCUGCGCCUCGCGUAGUCUCUAGCGGUCCCUGCCUCCCUCCUCCAUGGCGUCGCUCCUGUGCUGUGGGCCUAAGCUGGCCGCCUGUGGCAUCGUCCUCAGCGCCUGGGGAGUGAUCAUGUUGAUAAUGCUCGGGAUAUUUUUCAAUGUCCAUUCUGCUGUGUUAAUUGAAGACGUUCCCUUCACGGAGAAAGAUUUUGAGAACGGCCCUCAGAACAUAUACAGCCUGUACGAGCAAGUCAGCUACAACUGCUUCAUCGCCGCGGGCCUCUACCUCCUCCUCGGAGGCUUCUCCUUCUGCCAAGUCCGGCUCAAUAAGCGCAAGGAGUACAUGGUGCGCUAGAGCGCUGCCCGGCCUCCCUCCCCACCCGC